AUUACAAUUACUCGCACCAGCACCCAGCUGCGCAUGCUUUUCAUCCGUUUGUCAACAUUAUAAGACGAGAGAAUAAUCAAGAACAACAUGCGGCCUUUGCUUCUCUUCGCGUUUGGGAUCCUUGUCGAAAUCUCCACUGCCAUCUCUUUCCUUCGUGAAAGACGAGAGAAAAUUCACCAACAAGAGAAGCAGCAGUCUCCUACGACUUCAUCUUCGUGCUUCGAUGCUGGCAAUUGGUACCAUGCCUUUACUGGCCAAUGGCGCCAUUUCAGUCAGGGAAACCAGGAUGCCGUGUUGGCUUCGCUGUUUGACAAACGCAAUUUGGGAUUGACCAAUCGGUUCAUGGUAGAGUUUGGUUAUCCAGCGAAAGAUAUCGCGUCAAGCUACGGCAAUGGGCAUAAUUUGAUCACGUCGGGACUGAUGCAGAACUGGGUGUUGUUUAUGAAAAAGACAAAUUGAUUUUGAUAAUAGAGAUAGAUGCAUGUUGUGGAGAUGUGUAGAAGAAGAAGGACAUUGAAGAAGAAGUGUGCAGUAGCUAGGAAAUAAUCGAAGUACAGGAUUACAUCAUUCUUCAUCCUUUCGGAAACAGACUAGUCCAUACUAGAUCCAAUCAAUUGCAAGAAUUCCUGACCUCCUAACAUCUACAUCCUCUUAUCGUAUCCGUUUCAUCAUCAUCUUACGCUGACUUUGUUUUCGUUUUCGUUUCACACCUUCACCUUGAUCUCCGUCUUCUUCGUCCCCUUCCCCCUUUCACUUCCCUAGACGGCGGCGUUUCGAACAGUGCUAUCCACUUGUUUCAAGAAUUUUUGACGGCUCAGAACGUAAGAGAGGUAUUCCAAAAGCACCAAGUAGUCCCGGAGCCUGACUACGUCUCCGUCGACAUCGAUAGCUGCGAUCUCUGGUUGUUUAUGGCGAUCACCGGAGGAGGUAAAGGCGGAGUAAGGAACAAGACUCAGAAAAAUGAAGAAGAAGAUCAGGGUGAUGGCCGUACACAUGGACAAGAACUCAAUUCUGGUGCAAGAAAUGAGAAGGAUAAGACGAGUGCUGGUACAAGGCGAGUAUUGUCAUUGAGUGGCGAUACUGUCAAUGAGAAAACAUCGACAACGAGCACAACAGCAGGAAGCGCCAGAACAUCGAUCCCAGCGCUUCCCGCCUAUCGUCCACGCGUGAUGACAGUCGAGUACAACUCGAACUAUGCACUUGGCGACUUCACAUCCGUUCGUCCAGCUGCCUGCAGUCAGUACCAAUGGCACCAAGACAACAUCUACGGUGCCAGCUUAUCGGCGAUUCAUCUUGUUAUGGAAAUGGAAAUAAGGAAGUUGAAUUUCGGUUCUUGAUAUGUUGUACUUCUUUGGUUCGUGGUGCACGUGAUGUUGUUCUUGUUGUACUAGCUAGAAUACGAAUUUAUUACAACAACAACGAAUACGAACUGUUAUUUGUUCUCUUGUUGAUUGGACUCUGUCUAGAUACAGGAAGUAUUCCCAUUUCUAAAUGCUGUUGGGGGUCCUCCAUCGUCAUAUUCAGUCAUUUCGCACUCAUAAUCCGCCAUUUCUAACACACCCGCAGAACAACGUGGCUACAAGGUUGUGUACGUGACGCCGACCUUGGACGUUUUCCUGGUGAGAGAGGAUCUUGUCUGUCCCGGAACCGCCCUACCGAUUCAGACUUUUGCUAGUGCAACGGGCUUGAGCAUGCACUAUGCCUAUACAGGCGGUCUAGGUCCACGAGAGCAGCUGGUGGGUGAUGCAAGGGCAGAUAUUGAAGACUCGGUGUAGACAAGCGAGAGUGACGUGUAGUUUCUGGUGUGCGAUAUUUCAGAGUUGAACUUUUCCGAAGAAGUCAGAUUAUCGAUACUUAGUUAUAUUGUUUGGUGUUUCGGUAUUGGUUUUAAGAAUCACUAGAAGGUACAGGUACUCGCACGAUUAUAAGGAACAGUUGUUAUCAGCAAAUGUGUACAGGUUAGUGAAUAGGCAUAGGGUCCUGCGUGAUUUACAUAAGACCCUUUUUAGAGACUCUUGUGGCGACUGCGCGGACUUCACCAAGUGCAUCCCCGACUAUUCCUUCACCAACGCACUCCGCAAUAGCCACUGGAGGUGGAGCUUCGUCUUUGGAAAGAAUAAGAAAUAAUCUGGCUCAACAAAUAGAAGACCAUUUGGGUUCAUGUCAACGCGAUUGUCAUUUACACUAAGUGCGCUAACGAUGAAUCUACUUAGAAAAAACUCCAGUGGUACAACAGGUCAUUUUUUUCCCGAGCACUUCAAUCUCUCUUCCAAUUUCCAUAUCUUAUCCACGCACAUCCACAU